GCAAAAAUUUUACAAUGGUGUCUUAUGCAAAACGAAACUAAAUCAUCGUUGCUAAGGUAGAUUUACUUUUGUUGUAACAAUUGUUGUAACAAUCUCAUGUUUCGAAAACGGUGUAAUGUUGAGUAGUUUUACUAUCAAAUAGACGGCUUAUUCAGAAAUGUCAUCGUUUAGAAUGCAAGAUAUGGAAGAAGAAAUAGGAUUGGCGUUUGGGAAUGGAAAAACUGCAUGUUCUGUAAAAGUUGAAAUACAAGAGUUAAACCAAUCCAUGGAGGUUGGAGCUGGGGAUGUUUUCCUUAAAAUAUCAAAAGCUAUUGCAUUGUUGUCCAGCAUCACUGGAUAUAAUUCAUUCCCGGUGCAUCAAUUUACAAUAUCCUUUUCAGUACUGUCGAACAUUUUGCAGAAACUAGGCACACAACUCAAGUCCUCUACUCCUCAGGUAGAAGAAGAUAAGGUAUAUUCAGCGUUACUACGCUACCAAGAUUCAGAGCUAAGGUCAGAAGCAGUAGGUGUGGAAGACUUACUGUUCAACGCUCACGCCUAUCUAAAAGAGAUCGACGAAGAAGCCCACGAAAGUGUUGUAGUCAAAUUGGAGGACAGAUUUCCAAAUGACGAUACCGUGAGAUUUCUUGGAAAAUUGAAAGCAAAAGCGUAUGAACUCCUGACGAAUUCAGACAGGGAGUCUGCUCAUCGGGCAUCGGUUUAUAUCAAUCUUUAUUUCCGACUUACAAUUCUGCGCACCCUGGUGUUAUGGCAAGUUUUCUGCAUCAAGCAGCGAAGUGGCCAUGACAAAGCUAGUACUCAAGGGGUUCUCGCUAUGUUGACAGAAAGUAAAAACUCGGAUAUGGAAGUUGUUAGAUAUAUCACCGAAACCAAUCAUCAAAAGGCAGUUUUUUUAACUGUCUUCAAUCCAACAGAAAACGAUAACUUUGUUAACUUUCUUCGCAUACACCAAAUCAAAAUUCCUUGCAUAGGUCAAAAUAAACACUUUUAUGGUCCAACACGUUAUAUUUGUUCUUCUCAAUCGCCGGAAAUCAAAUUAGAAAUGUCUUCAUGGUAUAAGGGUCAUAUUUGUGGAAGUAAGAGCAAAUCGGCUGCUUGUGAAUUUAAAUUAGAACCUGUAGAAAACCUGAAUAUGGACAGUAUAUUCUUUAUCAGGUCGAAGAAGUGGUCUGACUCUUACGUUUAUAUGGAAGAAGGGGGAAAAUGUUUUUCCGUUUCCGGUCAACCAGGGACUGAAGGGCAAUGGAAGGUCGUCCAAUUUGAAAAUGACGGAAGCCCUCCGAAGUACAUGAUGUCCCCCGUUAAAUGGCCUUGUCAAUUCUUAGUCGUGAAGUCUUUUCUGGGGAUUGUUAGCAUAGAAGGGACGAAAAAUCUAAAGAAAGUAAAGGACAGAGGAUCGUGGGAUAUUUUGGACGUGAAGGACAGUUCGCCAAAAUAGAACUGCUGAAACAAAAAGAGAAAAAUGUACGCGAGCUGGUUUUCUUUAACAUAAUUAAGAGAAUUUUUAGAAAAGAAACUCUUACUAGUAAGUUAUAUUUUGAAAGCUAAAAGUAGAUCCAAACAAUUUUUUAAGUGAUUUGUAAAAUAACUUUUUGCCCCAGAAUUGAACACAUGUACAAGAUGUGUCGUCAAACGAUAGCCAUAUCUUACAAAGACAUCAUACCGAGAUUGUAUUUGUAAGCUAUGAAGAGCGAAAAAGGGGAACAACCUCUAAUUUCUACAAUUCAGUCACCGCACUCAUUUCAUAACUUUUUGGAAAGUAAUUGGCGGGUUGUUAAAACAUCAAAAAGGGGGAGAAAUAAAUGACUUGGUUGGGGAUUUUAU